CGCAAGACGAUGGAUCGUUUCUAUCUUUCCAUCGUCGCCGUCCUCUCUCGUGAAUGUCAUUUUGCGUGGUAUCUUCAUCCCCACUUUCACAUUUGCUUGCUUCCAUGUGGCCAUCGAUCUCAGUCGUUCAACUUUGCCUCACGGGCCUUGCGGAUCUGUCCAUGCUGCCAGCCAUCGACGUGAUCCAGAAGAACCGCCGCCAUUUCGAGCUGUACGUGGCGUUGCUGCAUAUCGCAGUGUCGCUCGCCCACAACAUCAGCCAAUCCUUCGACAUCCCUCUCUUUCUGUCUGUCGACGACUGGCACAACAUGUCCGACGUGCUGUGGAUCGCGUACUUUUUACUCCUCUGCAUCCAUGUGCUUGGCCUCAAGGACAUCCAGCACACCAUGAUCCUGCGGUACGUGGCGUUCUCCUGCGCGUGGAUGGCCAAGACCAAAGACACGUGGACCACCAACACGUACUCGACCGCGCUCGUGAGUGUGGCCAUCACGUUGGUUGUCGUCACUCGGCUGGCGCUCCGCAAGUCGCUGCUGCCCAUCCAGUUGACCGAGGCGGGGUACGCAGUGGCCGCCGGCGCCGUUGCGAUGGUCCUGUUCUUGUCCCCGCGCAUCGUGCACAUGGGAGAAGUUCCGUUUUUCACGGUCGUCGUGCCGACGUUCCAUCUCGCGUUGGGCACCAUGUUCUAUUUCGGCUGGAAGUGCGUCGCCGCCCCCGCCAAGCUUUGGGACGAUAGUUUGACCGCGCAUUUUAUUUGAUGAAUCAACCGCAUGUACGAACCCUUGUGUUGUACAUACAUUCCAGGUGCACAGUGCCCUUGUAUUACAUGCAUUCCAGGUGUAGUCGUGCUUUGAAAUCAACACCAGGAUUCGCUGAAUAGAUACUAUAAUGCAAAGGAGAUUCGCCGAAUAAAUAUAAUGUCAUGUUUUUAACCUGUGCUGAUAAAUACUUCGAAGUACUUCGAAGUACAACAUAUAUAUAUAUGCCUAGUGCACACCGACGAGCUGGGUGGUGGAUUCGGCAACAACAGUCGCUUCGACGUCGACUUUGGUCAAGUUGGCGUUGGUGUCUUGCAGCAGCUGGACUGCAGCCACGUCCACGUUGGGACACCAGAGCAUGACCAGUUGCUCCAACGACUUCAAGUCGGCCAACGCAUUCAGGUCCGAUGCCAAUUGCGUGCACCCUGUGAGGUCCAGCGUCGUCAAGCCCCUCGGCAUCGCGUCAAGCACGUCGCGAGUGAGGUUCGAGUGGCCUUUCAGAUACAGUGCUUUGAGACUCGGGGACGACCGCAGCACUGGCACGAGCCCAUCGUUGGACAAAGGGGAGCGGGACCCAAACGGAUUGCUGCAGGACAGGUCCAAGCACUCCAGGGCCAAGGACGUGGUGAAGGAGUUGAACGCCGACGCGAGAUGCAAGUCGGUGUCUUUUGCAAAGCGACCACUGCCGCCUAACGUGAGGGUGUGCAGCUGGGGACAGUUGGAUGCGACACUGGUGAGUACAGCUACAGGGUUGAUGUGGGGGCAUCCCUUGAGGUUUAGCACAGUGAGCUGGGGGGCGUUGACGACCAAACCAAUCAUGUCAUUGGUGGUCAAUUGUCGGCAACGAUUGAACGACAAUACUCGAAGCCGCGGUGCACAUUUGGCUAAGGACAAGGUAGUGGCAAUAUACGCGCAGUUGUCGGCGUGGACUUGGACAAGUGAAUCGGCAUUCGAGUCAACAAAUGACACCAACGCUACGUCUGUGAAGUGCUUGCUGCCUGCAACGUUUAGAACUUGGAGGAGUUGUGUGUGACAAGCAAAGUGGAUCCAUACUUCUUCCGAUGCAGUGGACUUCAUGCAUGUCAAGGUUUGAAUGUGUUUGGCAAACGGGACCAACUGUCGUAGCGAGGACGAGGUGGCGUUAGCCAAGUCGAGGUGCCUCCAGAAGUCGAUGGACGCGGCAUGUAGUCCCGCGCGAAGUGUCUUUGAUGCGCAUGCCAGGGAGAUGACCUCAUCUAGAGACAGGAAUGCCAGCACAGCAUUAAGCAUCUCGUCCUGCAUGGCGGCUAGAGGAAGCGGCGUCGUCAUGGCCUGCAUUUGACGUGAAAGUUGGUCAAUGGCUCGAUGUCAAAG